AUGGGGAAAACGGCAGCGUAUGAUGAUAGAGAGAUGCAGAUGUAUGCUCGCUCGCAGUCUAUCGGCUCGUUGGCCUCUACCAUAACACAACACGCCUGGUUCGGAACCACGAACAACACCGCUUGGGAGAGCGACAAGGAUGAGGAAAGUAUCGUGAAUGGUAGAAAUCUAGAAGAUGCUCACGGAAUGGCUUCAGGCGACGAGACGGACGUCGAACACGGCCAUGAUAUAGAGGCGCUGCCCAAAGAUCCAAUGAUGGAUCCAAGCUCUUAUCCAGACGGCGGGACAGAGGCAUGGACAGUCGUCUUUGGAGGGUUCUGCGCCUUGUUCGUCAGUUUUGGAUGGAUCAACUGCGUUGGUAUCUUCCAGGACUACUACCAGACACACGACUUGAAAUCAUACUCACCAAGCUCGGUGGCCUGGAUCCCUUCACUCGAGCUUUUCAUGAUGUAUCUUGUCGCACCGGCAUGCGGCAAAGGGUUCGAUAGUUAUGGCCCACGAUAUCUUCUGAUCGCCGGGUCAGCGUUCCAUGUGUUUGGUCUAAUGAUGACCUCUCUCUCUACUGAAUAUUAUCAGUUCCUCCUGGCACAGGGUAUUUGCAGUCCCCUCGGUGCCGGCUUUCUCUUCUACCCAACGAUGAACAGUACCGUCACUUGGUUCUACAAGCGACGAGCCCUGGCCGUGGGUAUCGUUGCCAGUGGCUCAAGUCUGGGAGGCAUUAUCAUGCCAAUCAUGAUCAACAAACUUAUCCCCAUGAUAGGUUUCGCAUGGGCUAUGCGUACUUGUGCCUUCUUGAUACUUGCAUUGUGCGCCGUUGCUUGCAGCUGCGUCAGAUCAAGAAUCCCACCGCAUCCUACGCCGCUGGUGUUCAAGGAGUUCUUUACGCCCUUCAUGGAGGUGCCGUUCGUCCUGCUUACCGCGGCAACCUUCAUCUACUGCUUCGGCAUGUUCUUGCCCUUCACCUUCUUGGUCCUUCACGCCAGGAGGUAUGGCGUCCCUGAUAGCCUUGCCGGCUACCUUGUUUCGAUAUUCAACGCAGCAAGCAUCCUUGGCCGAACCAUCCCAGGUUACCUAGCUGACCGCAUGGGGCUGUUCAACGUCGUAAUUAUAAUGUCAUUCUUCAGUGUCAUCGUGGUCUUUGCCGUAUGGCUACCGUCUCGCGGCACCGCACCAGAUGUACUCUUUGCAAUCCUCUUUGGCUUUGCAUCCGGUUCCCUCGUAUCCUUGCCGCCCAGUCUUAUCGCCCAUAUAUCAGACGUGCGCAAGAUCGGUGUACGAAGCGGAACCAUGUUUGCCACGGUUUCUAUCGCCGUAUUGCUGGGAAACCCUGUUGGGGGAUCCUUGGUCCCAGAUGUCGCCCAUGGCGAUUAUUGGAGAAUGCAAGUGUUUUCCGGCUCGAUGCUGCUUGCCGGGACCAUUGGCAUCGCGAACGAGCUCAGCCCUGACGGACAAUUUGCAAUUUCGCGGACGGACAAGGACAGGAUCGCGAACACAUCCAGAGAAUCUUCGAACAUGAGCGUUCAAGUCAUCGCUCGCAUCAGACCUCUCCUGAAAACGGAGAGGGAGUGCGAUGUGAUUGUUCAACCCCUGUCGACUUCACCCAUAUCGCAGACCGCGUUACAGAGUGGGAAUGAAGCUAUCUCGAAGUCCAAAGAAAACGAAAAGCCAGUGAAGGCGAAGAAAGGGAAGGGAAGGAAGGACGACAAUACCGAUACGUCGGGUGAGAAGGCGACGGUAGUUAGGAUACCGAAUCCCAGGAACGAAGGGGAGGACUUCAGCUUCAAGUUCCAUUCGGUGUACGAUGGCACUGCAACCCAGCAGGAACUCUUUGAUGCAGAAGUGGCGCCUACUAUUAAACACCUGUUCAAUGGGUUUGAUAUCACCCUCUUCGCAUACGGUGUUACGGGAACUGGGAAGACGCACACGAUGCGAGGCGGCAAGAGUUUGGCGGAUCGCGAACGGGAUUCGGAAGGACGAACGCAGGUCGAGGUCGCCAUGAGCUACUACGAAAUAUAUAACGACAAGAUAUUCGAUCUCUUUGAGCCGGUGGAAAAGAGGACUCCGUCCGGUUUGCCUUUGAGAGACAACGGGGUAAAGACCGUUGUCGUGGGAUUGACGGAACGGCCUUGCACCAGCCUAAAGGAGUUUGAAGUUGUUUAUGACCAGGCCAAUAUGAACAGGUCAACGUCUGCAACAAAGCUCAACGCCCAUUCCUCGAGAUCGCAUGCAAUACUCUCUGUAAAGUUAACGGUGACCACUGGAGAGCAGAUACGGGUCAGCACUGCAUCCUGUAUUGAUCUUGCGGGCUCUGAAGACAAUCGUCGUACGGAGAAUGGCAAGGAGAGGAUGGUAGAAUCAGCAAGCAUCAACAGAAGCUUGUUUGUUUUGGCGCAGUGCGUUGAAGCUAUCAACAAGAAGCAGGCGAGGGUCCCCUACCGGGAGUCUAAGAUGACUAGAAUCUUAGGAUUAGGCCAAAAUAACGGCCUCACGAUUAUGAUUCUAAACCUUGCUCCCGUCCGAUCGUUCCAUCUUGACACCUUGAGCUCGCUCAACUUUGCCAACCGGACGAAGAAGAUCGAAUCGCGAGAGAUAGAAAAUGAGCCGAUGUUCAAAGGCCCGCCACGACCGGUAGCAGGCCGUCUGCAUCCCGCAGGUGGCCCAGAAGCGAAGAGACAGCCUCUAAGACCCCUCGCGGCAUCGAUAAAUGCCAACAUUGCAGCGGUGACCUCUGAAGCUCGGAAGCCAUCUGAUGGCAAGCCGGCCAAAGCCUUCGCGGUAUAUACCGACAUGUCCCAGGCUAAGAAUACCGCCAAAGCGAGCAUCUCCGACGCUCCCAGACGAAAGUCACCGUUGAAGCGGAGGCUCGGGAACGGCCUGCAGCCAACCUCUCGACCGUUCAAGGUUGCUCGAACAGACGAUACCCCCCACCGGCAUGGUAUGAGUAGCAUGUCAGCUACAAAAUUUGAGGAGCUCGUCGAGAAGAAAGUUCGAGAGGUACUUUCCGCUCGCCAGCUAGAUGUACCUGAGACUCAGAGCAAGUCUCAUCAGGAAAGCAUGUUGGCUCAGUCCAAGGAGAUGAACGAGCAAAUGCAGCGUCGGCUUGAGCUUCUGGAGCAGCGAAUCGACGGGACAGAAGAUUGCAGAGCGGAAGGAUUGUCCUAUCUGCUCAUGGCCAAACAACACCAAGCCCGUGGUGAAUAUUCGUCUGCCUUGAGGAUGUAUCAGCUCGCCCAGCCGUUCUUCCCAAACAACGGAAAGCUGGCCCUCAAGAUCGAGGCACUGAAAAAUAAGAAGAUAGCCAAAAAGGCCCUGUCGGGUGCAUCAAGCACUGGAGAGAAACGCAAAUACGGGGACGAGGAUGAGCGAUACGGGGGAUCUGACGAGGAACUUAGUGAAGCAGAGCAUACCGUUCAUGCUUCUACUAAACAACUACGUCCCAAAGCCCUUUUACUCACCCGUGAGCCAUCCUCGGGGCAUUCGGAGGGAGUAUCUGACGGAGAGAUCUCGCCACGCUCCUCGCAUAUCCUCUCCGUGAUCAAUACACGAGACAUCGAACGGAUCAAGCUCCUUCGAGGAGUUGGAGUGAAAAGGGCAGAAGGCAUCGUCAACUGUCUAUGUGAGAUGGACAACGAAGAAGGCCACGUCCGCCUUCACAGCCUGGCUGCGCUUGCAAAGAUGAAGGGAGUAGGGUCGAGGACGGUCGAAAGCAUGAGGAAUGGAACUAUUCUUCCUCCUUUGCGUCCGAUAGCAACUGGUUUUCACAUUUAG